UAGAAGAAACACAGUACCUUUAAGUACUGAUAUGAAUUAAUGAAAACACUAGCUAUCAUUUAUGUAUGAAACAUUAGUACCUCUAUUUUAUAGGCCUCAGAAAUUCAAUAUGCCCUACUGCAUUGUAGCAGACAGUAUAGGAUUUAUUGAAGGAUUCUUCGACUGUUAGUACAACCUGAUUCAUACCAGGUGUUGAGGGGCUGAGGAGUAGGCACAUAUGCCAUGCAAGGCUUGGAUGAGAAUGCUUUAGAGAUUUAAGAAGCAUUAAGAAAUGAACAUAAUAAAUUUACAACUUAAUGGCAAGAGCAUCCUAGAAACUCUCUAGGAAUGGAGUGAGUGGAAGAGAAGGCAAAAGAAAUGUAGACUGGACAGACCAGCAGGAUGAUAUACCCUGUUGUCGACAAAGGGGUUUUGUUGGAGGAUAUGGAACAACUCCUUCAAAAGUGAAUGUGUUUAGAAGUUCUAGGCUGAAGACCUGUUUCUGUGUUAAAAUCUUUAUGCUUUCCCUAGGAAAGUGACUAAAUUUCCUGCGCAUUGUCAUGCUCCUUUGUACAAAGAAGAAAUUAAACUCAAUUUCUGAGUUCUCUUUUUCCUCCCAAAUCUAUAGAUUCUGUGGGUCUGAGAGAGGCAGGCAUUAAUACAGGCGGAUCUUAUUGAGGACUAAUCCUAAGUAAACCUAACUAGUAGGUGUGCUGGUGACCACAGUGAUAAACAAUUGGGUUUUUAAAUAUCAAAAACAGGUGUGAAGAACUACCUGUUACAGAAGCUGAGAGUAGUUAAAACUUUAGGGUUGAAUGGGACACAGUGUUUAGUUAUUUUAUUCAUCAAAAGAAAGGAAAACCUGAGAAAAGUGAGAAAAGCUGAGGAAAGACGAAGAUGAGAGAAAACAAGAGAUGAAUAGAUAGUGGAACAGAUUUAGGGAGCAGAAGUGCAGGAGGAAGCAGAGCUGGCUGAAGAGGGGAGAGCUGGACUUUUCUCCAUUUCUGCUUUCUCUCCCUUAGCAGACAUUAAUACAAUUCAUAGAAUUCCUUCUGGUGGAGUCCAAAUUUGGCUCCAGGAUCCUCCUAAACAGCAUCUUGAGAUUAGGGAAUGAGUUCAGGUUUAUAGGCUGUAAGAUUUUUCAGGCCCAUCUUAGUACAGUUUUUUUUUUCUGUGAAAUCAACUCUUCACCAACUCACUAUUAGUUUUAGUCUUUGUAACUCCUAUUGCAUUUUCAUUUCUGUUAUUUGGCCCCUGCUAUGGACUGAAUUGUGUCUUCCCCAAUUUAUACAUUGAAGACCUCACCUCUAUCGUGACUACAUUUGGAAACAGGACAUAAAAGGAGGUAAGUUUAAACGAGGUGAUAAGAGUGGGUCCUGAUAGGCUAGGAUUAGUGUCCUUAUAAGAAGAGACACCAGAAAGCUUGUUCUCUUCAUGUGCAACAAAGAAGAGGUUUGUGAGGCAGGAUGGUGGCUACUGGCAAGUCAAGAGAAGAGGCCUCAGAAUGAAACCUGCCUUGCUGCCACCAUGAUCUUGGACGUCUCAGCCUCCAGAACUGUCCUCUUUUCCAUCUUCUCAUUCCUGUGGAUCUGUCCUGUAGCCUUUCCACGCUAUCCUCAGGCUCAUCGGUUUUCUGAAGAUGGGGAAAAUCCCUUUGGACAAGAUAUAAAUGAAUGUACCAUUGACAAUGGUGGCUGUCAAGAUCGAUGCUGUAAUACAGUUGGCAGUUAUUACUGCAAAUGUCAAGCUGGCCAGAAGCUGGAGGAAGAUGGCAAAGGAUGUGAAGAUGUCGAUGAAUGUGCAGUGGUGAAUGGAGGCUGCCAGCAGCGCUGUAUUAACACUCUGGGCACCUUCCACUGUGAAUGUGAUACGGGAUAGAGACUGCAUGCUGAUGAACGCACCUGCAUAAGUUGAAGAUUUAUAUCUCCCUUUUUCCAAAAGCACUGAAGGCAGCAAGCUACAGGAAGCUUAUGCAUUUUUACAGGAUACAAAGUACAGAAAGACAUUAAACAUAAAAUAGUAUUGCCUACAUCUAAAAGAAGCAGAAGGAAUAAGUGCUUGCAAAUAGCAGAUAUGAGCAGAAAACUUAAAUCCAAAUUUAGUAUCCCAAUAUAGCUUCUAGCUACUGACAAGAAAAGAAUAGCAUGAUUUCAGAGUUUGCAUUUUUCUGACACAAGUCACAGAGACAUCCUUUUUGGGGGGUGGGGGGAGAAUUCAGUGAUUUCGUAAUCUGUUACUGAAUACACAUAUUUUAUUUUGCAGAGAAAAUAGAAAUUUUUAGCUAAGGUACCUCCCAACUUUUACUCCCACCCAGAACUUUAAAAUUAACUCUAAGCUCUGCCUACUUUGCUCUUCACUCUGAGGAAAAAGUGCUCUGCUGUAAUUUCAGGCUAAUCUUCCCAUCUCUGGAUAGGAUCUCAGCUGCCCUCCUCCUUAGAACAUGGCUCCAUUACAUGCUUCUUUUUCCUCUAUCA